ACAUCAUCAAUAUCACUCAUCAGACAAAUAAGUGACAAAAGAAAGCCCCAUGAUUGAUUUGGGGGAUUUUGAUUCCGAAAGUAUCCUCUUCUUCAAAGUUGUUUAAAGGCGCAGUACUUCAUAAUUUUUUCGCGAUGGCUUCUUCGCCCCUCCAAACACCUCUUCCCGAGGAAGUAAAUGAAGAUUCCGCAGCACCCGCUCCCCAAAUUCCUGAUAACCGUGAGCAUACCGAAAUACCCCCCGCAAAUCCAUCAUCCGACCCUCCAGCCGAUACUCAUCGAUGUUUUGUCUGCCUUGUCGACGAGCCCGAAGCUAGCUUGCCAGAAGACUGGUCAACACCAUGUACUUGCGCGCUAGAAGGUCACCAAGAAUGUCUCAUGUGUUGGAUUACCGACCUCGAGUCCCAAGGCAAGGAUAUCAAGUGUCCACUCUGCAAGUCGCCCAUCACAGUUACCGAGCUUAGCGACUUUGCUAUUCAACUCAGCAACUACAUGCACAGAAAGUUCUCAAAGUGGUCGCCUAGAAUUCUAUUUGGCUUUCUUGCCUCCGGCACCCUUGUAAGCAGCUCCAUAUACGGUGCAAAGGCCAUCGAUUGGUUUGCUGGUCCUGGAACGACACUUGACUUCCUGCUCACUGCAGGCGGUACGACUAUAACCGACAUGUUGCGCGACCCAAAAGGUGUUCGAGCUGCGAAUCAACCGCUUACGAUUAAUUUUUUACAUUUCGCCGUCCUCCCUCUUAUUGCGCCAGGUCUCAUACUUAACAGAUUGCGCCAGGGCGAGGUGAUUUUGAUUCCAGUCUCGUUCCUGUACGCAACGCUCAUCGACGAAACCCACGAAUACUUCACCUGGCCUCCGUCGCCCCAACGAGCUCUCGCCAUUUACCCCACCAUAAAAGCGACCUACUUCCACUUACACCACAUUCUUUCCAAACGCUUGGAGAAACGAUGGAAGGCCAAAGCAGCGGAACUGCUUCCCAACGAUGGUGGCGAGAACCACGAGCGCCAGCCCGCGCUACAGAACGACCCCGAACCGCAACCGGAAGCGGGUAACAACUUGCUUGAUUUCGAGAUAGAUAUACAGAUCAACCUCGAGGACGGCGACGAAAACGUGGACGUGCGCGGGAACAGGGGCCUCGAUGGCGGCAGGUCGCCAGUCAAUUUCAUAGCCGGCGCGCUAAUCUGGCCCGGCGUGUGCUACAGCAUGGGCCAGCUCCUGCGGCUCGCCCUCCCAUGGCGCUACACCACGCGCCCUGCCUCCGGGCCCAUCACCGGGAUCCUCCAGGAACGCUGGGGGCGCAGCCUGGUCGGUGGCUGUCUCUUCGUCGUGCUCAAGGAUGCGUUCUUCUUGUGGGUCAAGUAUCGACGGACGAUAACGCGUGCUUCGAGACGGAUAAAGAAUGCGGAGAAUCGACAGGUCCGUCGUUGAGUGUUUCGUUAAUCGUGUGUGAUAAGUACUUGGGAAUGGGAAAAUUGGCCGGCGUUACGAAGCAUUCGAUUUGUGAUAUUAGGUGGACUAUGGGCAAGAAAGAGAUAGGAUUCUGGCAUGGAUGGAACUUGCGAGGCAAGCACAGCACAGCACAGCGCAGCGUAUCGUAGUGUAUGCGUAUCGUAGUGAGAUAGGUCGAAGAUUCAUCUUCUAGAUCAUUUCUUUUGUAUAAUGCGGAUAGUGAUACUGGGUAAUUUUAUUACUAGGUGUCUCGCCUAGGUACUGGGUAUUAAUGCGUCUCGUUGAGGAGACGGGUGGCAUACGGUCUUUGAAAACGGGCUUGGAAUAUAGCGACCUACCUAAGGUUACCUACCUCUACAUGGUAACUAGGUGAUCAUGCUUCAAGAUCUGUUUGUUUAAGAAGCCCGAGUUACUAGGCAGUAGAUGUCAUUCCACUCAGCGCAAGAAUAGUCCCAACUAUCUAGUUAGGUACCUACCUACUUACCAACUCAGCGAUGUAUUAGGAG